UCCUUCCCCAUUCACUGUGGAUCUUGGAAGGCGAGCAACGUGGACACAGAUACCAGAGGCAGAUUGGCCGUCAUGUCCAUCCGGAGGUUUUGGAGCAACCCUAAAACUAUAGGGGAUGUGAACAUGGUGACAGAGGAGCUGAAGAAUCUUUAUUACAAGAGGCUGCUGCCCAUAGAGAAACACUACUGCUUCAAUCACUUCCACAGCCCCAGCUACGAGGACGCAGACUUUGACAACAAACCUAUGGUGCUGGUGAUGGGUCAGUACUCGACCGGAAAGACGACUUUCAUCAGGUAUCUGAUUGAACAAGACUUCCCUGGAGGCAGGGUUGGACCAGAGCCAACCACUGACUGUUUCACUGCCCUCAUGUAUGGAGACACAGAAGGUGUCAUCCCCGGCAAUGCCCUCACGGUGGACCCCAAAAAGCCCUUCCGCAACCUGGAUCCCUUUGGAAACUCCUUCUUGAACAGGUUUCAGUGUGUUCAGUUGCCCAAUCCUGUGCUUGAAAGUAUCAGCAUCAUUGACACACCGGGAAUCCUGACUGCAGCUAAAAGAAAACUGAGCCGAGGAUACGAAUUUCCGGCAGUACUGCGUUGGUUCGCGGAACGCGUGGAUCGAAUCAUCCUGCUGUUCGAUGCACAUAAACUGGAGUUCUCCGAUGAGCUCACCAGGGCCUUCGGAGCUCUGAAUGGUUACGAGGACAAGUUACGUGUAGUUCUCAACAAAGCUGACAGAGUGGACUCGCAGCAGCUCAUGAGAGUCUAUGGCGCCCUCAUGUGGUCACUGGGGAAAGUGUUUCGAACCCCUGAGAUCCUACGGGUUUACAUUGGGUCUUUCUGGUCAGAGCCGAGGCAGAAGUGUGACCACUACCAGCUGAUAGAGAACGAGGAAGAGGAUCUUCUAUCUGACAUAAGGAACCUGCCACGAUAUGCUGCGAUACGCAAAUUAAAUGACCUGGUAAAGAGGGCCAGGUUAGUGAGGGCUCAUGCCCACGUUAUCAGCUAUCUGAAGCGGGAAAUGCCGACCAUUUUUUGCAAAGAAAGCAAGAAGCACAAUCUGAUUUACCAGCUUCCAGUGAUUUUCACCAAGAUCCAACAACAGCAUCGAGUUCCAGCUGGUGACUUCCCCGACUGCACCAAGAUGCAGGAAAAACUUCUGGGUCAAGACUUCUCAAAGUUCAAGACCCUGAAACCGAGUCUCAUGGCGUCCUUGGAUAAACUCCUGACCACAGACAUAGAAAAUCUGGUGCCACUACUUCAACAACACCAAGUGAGAAAGAAAUCCCUGCCAGGUGUGUUGGACGGAGAACUGAUGGGAACAUUCAGGUCUGAGCCUCACAGGAGAGAUCCAUUCAGAGAACUCCCCCUAGAGGACGGGAGCAGCAUCUCCACUGGCCACUUUGAUGAGUGGGUGGUGGAGAAGUACAAGCCAAAAUACGACGAGAUUUUCUACAACCUCAGUCCAAAUGAGGGCAAACUGAGCGGAACCAAAGUCAGAGCGUGGAUGAGGAGCACACUGCUGCCCAACUCUGUGUUGGCUCAAAUCUGGAGGCUGUCAGAUGUGGAUGGUGAUGGCAUGCUGGACGACGAGGAGUUUGCCUUAGCCGUGCACCUUAUUGAGGGAAAAAUGGAGGGUCACUGGCUGCCCCGUGAGUUGCCCUCUCACUUGGUGCCACCGUCAAAAAGGCAGAGUACGACCAGCAGCCAAGAGUAAAGAGAACAUCGUACGGCAGAAGGACACGUAUCAUUACAUUACGUGACUAUGUAUAUAAUUUUCUAAUAAUACACACAUUAUAAACACGUUCACUCACUUCCGCCCUAUACUUUAAUCCUUUAUUUUUUAAAGUACAUAACUUAAAUUUUACUAAUGUCCUGCAUUAACAAAACUCUCUGUUUGUCUGUAUAUAUUUAUCCAUACUCUUCAUGAAGAAUGAAAUCAAAAUUACAAUCUGUAAUUAGGUAAGGUGAGCAUAAACCUCAAUUUAAUGCACCAAAAAAAAAGUUUGUUAGAUUCGAACAAUGUUGAAGAGUUUGGUGCCCAGCUGACUCUCUGACCAUGUGACUAGUCUUUGGUUUUAGAACUGGAUUAUUGUGGGGUAAUGUCAGUGUGACAAUGGGUCUGAAGUAUACUGCAUAGUCAGGUGAAGUCGGGGGGGGGGGGGGGUACUCACGCAGGUGGCAGAAACGACCAUAAAGUCCUGGAGAACAGAGACAGGCCCCGUACAGACGAUGACAGUGGCCGUCGUUCGGACACUUACAUCUUCUUCUACAGUGUCUCCCAAAAUAUCCCUUUGGGCAACCUGUGGCCAGAAGGUCAAAGGUCAAAAGAACAGCAGGAGCUUUGGUUGAUACCAAGGAGUAGAUUCAGCAUUACAGUUAGACUAAAGGAAAGUGAAAGUGAAAGUGAACUACUUGUCAUUGUGACACAGCAACCACUGCACCACUGCGCACAACCCAUCACCACAGUCAGCAGGGGGCAUUGUCUGGGGACGUGCCAUGCUCAGAGCACCUCAGUGGUAACUUAGCAGUUGGUGGAUUAGAACAAAUGAAAACCACUUCCUUAACCACCAAGGCACCACUCCCCCCCCCAAAAAAAGAUGAUCAAGGAUCAUAUAAAUUAUAUUAUCAUAGUAUCACAAAGACAUAGAGGUGAGUGAAAGAAACACUGACCUCUAGUGUGGUAGUGAUGAACUGUGUAUGCGUGUGUGUGUGUGUAGCGGUAUGCUAACCAU